AUGGCGUCAUCAAAUGAUAAUGAAGACAUGACAACAAGAACAUCACUUGGUGCUAUGAUAGUUAAUGAAAUACAAGAAAUUAUACUCGAUAAUACGGAAAAUAUGUCGCAGUCUUCAGGCUCCAGUAUUCCGACAGCUGUAAAUGAAGAAGUGCAGAUGCUUACAAAUCGUUUAGGUUCGAUCUUCAACGAAAGUAAUACACCUAAUGAGAAUAAUGGCACUGAAUCUCCAACGAAUGAUGAGCAUGACGCUGUGUCACAAGCUGCCACACCAACAGAUGAAUUACAAGCUCCAAGGUUGACUUUUCGUUCAGGACACCGACACAUUAUGAUAAGUUAUUCUCACGAUGAAACAUCUGACAUUUGCCGAAGAAUUUGUACUCAAUUAAGAAAUCGAGGCUAUCAAGUAUGGAUGGAUACGAAUAAUCUGCGCGGUGCACUACAUCAGAGAAUAGCUGAAGCAAUCGAAAAUUCUUACAUUGUUCUUUUCUGCAUAAACAGUCGAUAUUCGAAUAGUGAUUUCUGCGAAAAAGAGGCUUUGUAUACUGAUAAAAGACAAAUUGAUUUUAUUCCAUGUCUCUUGGAAACAUCAUAUGUACCUGAUGGAUGGCUUGGUAUAUUAAUUCGUGAUCGAUUGUAUAUUGAUUUUUCUUCGGCAGAUCAUUUUGAUACAGCUUUCGAACAAUUAAUUGAGGAAAUAAAGGAAAUAAAGGAAAUCGAUUACAAAUGA